AUGAACUCACUUUCUUCUGCCCUGUACACCCCUUGGAAUACUAGCCUACAUAGUGCAGAUACUGCUGAUGUAUUGAUUUCUUACAAUGGAACUACUAGGAACUUGAGUGUUUCUUGGACUUAUCAAACAACCCCCAACUCUCAAGGGAAAAGUAGUCUUUCUUACCAAGUUGAUCUGGCUACUGUUUUGCCACAGUCGGUCACAGUUGGAUUUUCAGCUUCUACUGGUAGUAGUGGUUAUUUUGGGUUAGCUCGGCUUAAGGAUUUUGAUCCCUCAUACAGCGAGAAAUUGCUACUGGAAAGACGGCAGUUAACAGUUUCGAAGAAAAAUAUCUUGCUAGAGUGGCUUCUCUCAGCUGUUGAUGAAAGAUUGUAUAUGGCUUUUGACAAGAAACAGGUAGCGUUUGAUGAUUGUUGGCAUGUGGUGCGCUCAUCUGGAUAG